AUGUUACAUGCUGGUAAAUUGUUUGUGGAAGAUGUUAAUGUAAAUCAUCACAAAAUAAUCAAGAAGGAAAACAAACAAUUUAAUAAUUCAACACCAAAUCAAUCCGAUAAUACUCUCCUUCAAAAUUUACUUUCAAAAUCUUCAUCAUCAAAAAGAAAGAAUUUGAUUAAUGAUAACAACAUCCAACAAACACCAACAAUAGACAAUCAAACAUUGAAUCAAUUAGCAGAUGCUUCAACACGUUCCAAAACAUCGGGUGCUGAUGUAUUAUUGCAAUUUUCACCUCUAGUUUCUGGCCAAAUCAAACAAGCACAAGUUACUUAUAUUUCUCCUCAUUCUGCUUCGGAAUCUGCCGAUUCAACUUCAAUGCAAGCUGGAGUUUUAUUGGUUGCUUCUACGAGAGCAGAUUUGAGAAGAGCUUUUAUUGAAAGAUUGUGUCAAGCUGCUGUGGAAAGAUCUGCAUUGGUUUACUCUAUUGCAACACAAGGUGGUGUCAAUGUUUCAACAGAUGGUGUUUACAAAUUAUCAACUCAUCCAACAUUAUCAAGAAGAGCCAUUUUGAAUGCAUUAUUGAGACAUGGAGCUCACUUAUUAGUGUUUGGUACAAUCAGCACGAGAGAUGAUGUCAUGUCUUUGAUGGAUGCUGCCUAUACAGGUUAUCAUUGUGUUGCUGAGAUUUAUGGUGAAUCAGCUCAUGACGUUCUUUCAAGAUUGGAAGCUAUUGGAGUUGAUGUUUCAAUGUUACCUCAAAAUUUGAGAAUAGUUGUUCCAGCAAAUACUACUUCAUCUCUUACAUAA